AUGUCGUCGUCAUCAACCUCCGACACUUGCAGCUCACGCCACUUCUCAUGGCUGAUGAAAUCCUGUUUCUCCAACCCCCACCACCCCCACCGCCCUUCUCCCCUCUCCGCCGCCGACCCGCCGCCCACCUCCAUCUCCUCCCUCCCCGACGACCUCCUCCUCGAAUGCCUCUCCAGGGUGCCCCACUCCACCCUCCCAUCCCUCCCCGCCGUCUGCCGCCGCUGGGCCCACCUCCUCAACUGCCCCUCCUUCCACCUCCUCCGCAUCCGCCACCACCACCUCUCCCGCGUCCUGUUCUGCAUCUCCAUUUCCAAAUCCACCCUCUUCGCCGCCGCCCUCCGGUUCGCCGGCGACUCGGAGUCUUCAUGGAAGGUCUCGUCGUUUGUCCCGUCGGGGGAUAAUGCCGACGGAUCCGCCUUUUCUCUGUUCUCGCAGUACUUCAGAUCGGUCUCCAUUGGCCGGAAAAUAUACAUCAUCGGCCGGAUGGCGAUGCUCCGGUGCGACACGUGGACCGGGACCCUCGUGCCCAAGGCUGGGAUGGGGUUGGUGAGGAAGAAGUUCGCCGCCGCGGCCGUCGGUGGGAGGAUACUCGUUGCCGGCGGCUGCGCCAGAUCGUCGGCGGUGGAGGAGUACGACCCGGACGAGAACACGUGGCGCGUGAUUACGGACGCGCCCAAGCGGAGGUACGGGUGCAUCGGCGCGUCGGCAGAUGGCGUCUUCUACGUCAUUGGCGGCCUGAGGAUCGGAACGGCAAAGAACGAGGGGUCGGUGUGCCCGUCACGCGCCGCCGGGGCGGACGGCGCCCACGUAUACGCCAGCUCGAUGGACCUGUACGACGUGGAGGCGCGUGCGUGGCUGAGGAGCCGGUCGGUCCCCGGUGGCGGUUGCGUGGUGGCGGCCUGCGCCGCCGGCGGCUACGUCUACAUCCUGUCGAGUCACGCGGUGGAGCUGUCGUUCUGGAAGUUCGGCGCGUCGAGGAGGAGCUGCAGCUUUGGGGAGUGGAGCAGGAUAAGGAGCCCGCCGCUGCCGGCGCAGGUCAGGCUGGACAGCACGGUGAGGUUCAGCUGCGUUGGGGCCGGGGACAGGGUGGUUCUGGUGCAGGUGGUGGGCUGCAUCGACGACUUGCUUCGGCGGAGCGGGCGGUCGGAGAGGGGGCUGAAGGAGGGGCUGGUGCUGGUCUACGAUUGCGCCGGCGGAGAGUGGAGCAGGGUGGCGGAUAUGCCGGAGGUGGUGACACGCGCCGCCUGUGUCUGCGUGGAGUGCUAA